GGUUUCUUCCACGCUGUAGCUGAGGGAGGGAGAAGAGAGGCAAAGACAGAGGAAUACAGAACCAGCAGAGCAUAUUAGGUUUUGAUCGAUUUAAUUCAUAAAAGCGGACACCCCACUUCACAUUUUACUCUGAGGCGAAGAAAUGAAUAUCACACAGUUUCAAGUGACAGUCCCCACCCCCACAAGAGAAACACAUCCUAUAAUACAGUCUAUAAUGAACAACAACCUCAAGAAGCUCAAAAAAUUACUGAGAGACAAUGACAUGAAUGGACUUUACCCAUGCAAAGAGUGGAAUUACUGCAUAACUCCACUGAUUGCCGCUGUUGUGAGUCACAAUGCGGAUAUUUGUACUUUCCUUUUACACAAGGGUGCAGACCCAAACACUGCGUCUCAAUCUGGUUUUAUGUCUUUACAUUAUGUAUCGCUGUCCAAAGCGCCUCUUCUUUUUGUGGAGAAACUGCUUGAAGCAAAAGCUAAUCCAAAUGGUCUGAAUCCCAUGGAACUGCAGAGAUUCACGCCAGUGCAAACUGCUGCCAUCAGUGACAGAGAUGAUGUCCUGAAAAUGCUCGUUUCUGCUGGUGCACUGGUGACGCUGCUACCUGUCAAUGAUCAUGAACAUAUUACUCACAAUGAAAAAAUAUCUCAGAUGAUUCAUAACCUCGCAUCAAAAGGAGGUGAAAUUUUCUCCAAAAUGAGACAUUUUCUGGAUGUAGAAAUUGCUGUACGAGGGAAACCACCUGAAGAAGUGUUCAAAACUUUUGAUAGUCACAUGAUGCAGGAGGAUCCUCAGACCCAUCUGACCAUGAUUGAAAUGCUCUUUACAGCUACUGGGCGAGGUCAAGAAAAAUACAGCCAGGGAAGUAUUAAAUGGCUGAAGGACACUGGAAAUCUAAACCACUACAUUGCCAGUGCAGUCAGACGCUUUCCAAACAUUCAUAAGAAUCAUGUAAAGGUGAUAAUUAACAGUUUACAAGCAGUUUUCUGCACAAUGGAAGAGAUACCAAAUGAGCAAGCUUUGGAUGUGAUCCACCAGCUACUGGACCGGCUUCACUCAAAAGAAAGACCUGAUAUAUGGGAGGCUGUUCUGAAAACGCUGUAUGUGAUAACACAGAAAACAAACGGCACAAAUGGCUGGGAUCCCAAAUUUACUGAGAAGUUAUGCAAAACAGUUGCUCCUUUUGUAAAAAACCAAGACCCCUCUGACAUCAGAGUCUACACAUACGGCGUCUUUGGGAACAUGCUUUCAGUUGAACAUGCGGUCAACAUCUUUCCAUCAGUGGGGAUCACUUCAGUGCCCGAGGACAUACUGACAUCUGCAGAUAUGAAAAUGAAUGACAAGCUGAAAGAAGUUCUCAGACGACUGAAAAAUCAUUUCAACUCACCAAACUUGGAAUCGAAAGACAAUACAGCCUCAGCUGGAUCCAAGAAGAAGAAGAAGAAGAAGAAGAAGAAAAAGAAGGAAAAGUCAGAAGAGCAGGAGGACCCAAAUGAUGAAGCUUGCACUGCUGCAGCUCAUCCACCAUCAGCUCCUGUUGUGGAGUCAACGUUAAACGUGAAGCCGUUCCACUUCAACGCCUCGACGUCAUCGACACACAGAUGGCUACAAAUCAGCAAGAGGUGGAGAGAAAAUUUAGAGAAGCUUCUAAGCACUGAAGGGAAAGUAACCAGAAUUGGGAGCAUGAUUUAUGUGAAUGAUGCAGAAUUUCGCAUUGCGAAGGGAAGUGAUGGUACUGAAGUCUUCUUGGGGCUGAGAGAUGAUGGCACUGAAGUUGCCAUUAAGAGAAUGUCAAAAAGCAACUAUCAGCAGCUGAAGAACGAGGAGGGAAUUCUACGACUUGCAGAGCUUGAUCAUCCAUCUAUUGUACGAUACAUUGAUGCUGCGGAGGAUGAAAACUUUGGAUAUCUUGGUCUUCAACUUUGUGAAUACACCUUGGAAGAAUACAUCAGACAUAAUGAUGGUGAUGUGCUCAGAAAGAAACUUGUCUAUCAGGUCCUCGACAGUUUGAGGGUGCUUCAUUGUCAAAAUCCUCCAAUUCUCCACCGUGAUCUCAAACCACAGAAUGUUUUGAUCGAUGUUAACGGGAGGGCGAGAUUAGCUGAUUUUGGCAUCAGCAGGCGAUUACCCAAAGGCCAAACAUCUUAUCGCACGAGCAGUGCAGGAACAAAAUGCUGGAUGGCCAAAGAGACUUUAACAGAAGAAGCGAACAUACCAUACAAGUGGAGCACCGACAUACAGGUGGCGGGCAUGCUCAGUUAUUACAUCCUCUCUGGAGGACACCAUCCUUUCGGUGACAAAUCCUAUGAAUGUGAGGGCAACAUCUAUAAAGGGAAGUACAGUUUGCACCAUGUUCAGGAUGUGGUGGUGAAGGAUCUCAUCGAAUGGAUGAUCACUGAAGAACCAAAGGACAGACCUAAAGUGGACGAAUGCUUGAGUCAUCCCUUCUUCUGGACCUCUGAAAAGGGUGUUGAAUACUUGAGGAGAGUUGGUAACAGAGAGGAGGUGACAAACUGUCGCAACGCUAAACAGGAACUAAUAAGUUCAUUGGAAACAUGUGUCGGGGAUGGAUCCACCAAACAGUGGAAAAAUAAGUUUCCACAAGAGUUGGUCCAGAAGAUGGACGCGAAGAACAAAGCCUACCCUGACAACACACUGGGUUUACUGCGCUUCAUACGAAACCUCCAUGAGCACUACGCCAAGGAUGCAGCCCAAGUUGAUGUGAUGACCAUAUUUCCUGAUCUCUUUGGAUGCGUUUACAAGUUUGCCAAGAACCAAGGGUGGAAUUCUGAGACCCCCCUGAAGGAAAUGUUUCGAAGUAAAGACAUCACCAACAGCUUUACAAUGCCAGCCACAAACACCGAAGAGCACCUCGGCGUCCCAGUCCAAGAGUCUCAACCCAGCUGCUUGAAGUGAAGUUGACUGGAGAGUCUUAAGUCUUUAAGCAGUCAGGGGGAAAAACACAACCAAUUCUGAUUUAAAUGUUUUUAAUGUUUAAUUUAAUUUUUUUUUAAAUAGUUGUGUGUCUAAAACAUGCUCCACAGCAAGGCUGUCGAAACACCAGGCAACAAGACUUCACACAAACGACGUCCAGUGAGGCUUUCCACUCCUGACAUUGCCAGGCUUAUCAUUAAAGGAAAAACGCAAGUGUGGCUCACCUCAUCAAUAGCUUUGCCCCUAUUUAAACGUCCCAGUAAGCCGGCCAGUGUGACAGUGAGCCAGCAUGAACAAUAACAGGGUGCUAAAAGCUGUAGCAGCUGAAUAGAAUUCAGCCAUCAUUCAUUUUUAUCAUUUACACCUGUGCUUCUCCGACUGUGACAUGUGAAAAUGGCUUCUGUGAACGAAGCCUUUGAGGUUUUGCAGAGGUAUUGUACACAGUAACUACUUUCCAAAGGUUGACUUUUGCUUCACUUUAAUAUAGCAAAGUUUUUUGUGUGUAGUUUUACUUUGACUUGUCCUGAUGAGGAACCUUUCUACUUCUGCAUUUAUCUGAUGGCUGUCGUUACUUUACAAAUUAAGGAUUUAACACAAGUCACCUGAGAAGAACAAAGAAGACGAUGCACUGUUAUAGUAUAACCACCCAGUCAGGUAAAUGACAGCUUGAUGCAUCAUGACCUGAAAUUGCUUAUAUUUAAGAAUGACUAUUUCAACAUUUGUUCCUUUGUUUAGAUUUUACUGCUGACAUAGUUUUCACAGCUAAAAUUACUUAUUUUUAUCAUUGUACAGUUUUUAACUUUUUAUUCUUGUAUGUUCCCAUGAUAUUGACACAUUAUGUGGAGGGGAAAAGAACUAAAGGAACAGAUCUGAAUCAUCAAAUCAUACACUGGCUAGUUUCUGCAGCUGACAAGAGCACGACAUUCAAAAAAAGAUGUUUGUCCAAUUCUUUUAAUAGAAACUGAUUUUAGAAACUGCUCUUUAACUGAAUGGAAUAAGAAAACUUUUUCUCCAUGUGCAAGCUUUACGAAAUGCACUCUUCUGUGUUUUGUUUUCAACAUAUUGACUGUUCCUCUCUAAAGCGACUGCAUGUAAAAGCAUCAAAAUAAAUGUGUAAAAGUCUGA